GUUUUUUUUAAUUUGAUUCAACGCUCCGUUAAGUUUUUCACCACAACAGGUCUCGGCCCAGGUUCAUUCGUUGAACGACUUCGAUGCGAUGUGUUUGCAUAGCCAGAGAGAACUGACUAUGCCCUUACCCCCGCGCCCGCCGCUUCGCUUACCCUUGGUGAUUGACGUGGUGUAUGGCGCGCCCAAGUCACGUUACGCCCUCAGCAUCCCAUAUAUAUUGCACGUUACGCUCAUGGCAGGACGCAAUGCUCUGAACUCAUUGUCAUCAUGUCGAAUCUAUCCGAGCCACUGCUCGGUGCCCUUUCCCAUGCCAACAUCGCUGGCGACUUCACACGGCUAGUGAAAACAUACUUUGAGCCGUCAUCUCGCGGGCAAUUCUGCAACAUUUGCAUCUUCUUGGACAUAGUGACCGGACUUUUUGAACAUGGGAUACAUUCGCAGUUCAGAAAAGAAGUACAAUCAAUAUGUGGUCCAGCGAUAGAGGCUAUCCGCGACCUCGAUCUCGGCCGUCGCUCCGACUUGCUAGCGAGGAGCUCAAAUUGUCUUACAUGCACUUCAAUACUUUUGUGUACUGACGAGCAACUCGCGGCUGGAUUUGAGGAGAUUGCAUCUAGCCCUGCGAUUGAUUGUAGCUUCAGCGCUCAUUUCAUGGACGACAACCCUGUUCUUGCGAUCGCGUUUGGUCCCGCAACCGCAAAUGCUGGAGAGAGGCGAUCUUGCUUGGAUCAGCUUGCAGUUAUACGCUUUCUUUCGGUGGGCGAAAAGGUCUCCAUGAGUUCAGCCCCAUGGCCCGAUGGCUCACCCUGCAUUUACAAUCCAGAACAAGUCGAUCCGGCUCGAAUAAGAGAAUGGCUUGAUUGCUGUACAAAGCUCCAUGGUCCCAAGUGCCAACAGCCCAACGCUCUUCAUGUAAGAUCAGACGUGCGUCCCAUUUUUAUUGACGUGGACCAAGAAUGCGUUGUUACACCGGAUCAAAAUGUCCCGUAUGUGGCAUUGAGUUACGUAUGGGGUCCGGUCGAGACUUUGCAAGCAACGACGGGAAACACUGAUAGCCUCGCUCGGCCGGGGAGCCUGUCGACUUCCAGUGCAAACUCGGUCCCUGCAACUAUCCGUGACGCGAUCAAACUAUGCGCUAUGGUCGGGCAGCGAUAUCUCUGGGUUGAUCGCACCUACGCAAAAGCCGAGUUUACCAUCGUCGCUGCGGAUGGUAGCCAUGCAGAUGAGGGUUUGGCUGGACUAGGUCGUGGGAUUGAAGAACGACGGAGACAUAUUGUCAGGUUCCCCACAAAGACCAUGAUUAGAGAAAGCACGCAAGUUUCGCGACGUGGAAGAUUAUCAGAAACCGUAUGGUCUUCUCGCGCCUGGACAUUCCAAGAGCAUGUCUUCUCCAGAAGACUCUUGUACAUGGACAAGUUCGUGAGCUGGAUAUGCUACUCGGCAACGUGGAACGAGCUCUGGUCGCUGCUGCCUGUGACUGCAGUAAACGCAACAGAACCCAUGGAUCAACAUGGUAAGGGAGAGAAACUCUACGCCGUGGACUGGCCAUCGUUUUCCGACUAUGCAAACUUGGUCGAACGGUACAACUUGCGCAAUUUGACCUACGAUUCCGAUGUGUUGAAUGCUUUCCUCGGAGUGAUGACCCAGAUGUGUGUGGGCUUCCCAGCUGGUUUCUACGGAGGUCUACCCGAGUUUUACUUUACGAUAGGCCUGCUCUGGCAGCCCUACGCAGGUCUUCAGCCGCGAUUUCCUCAAGCUGACUGCGCUCCCAGCUGGUCGUGGCUUGGAUGGUCGGGAAAAUUAGACCUUACAAUGUGGAAAUGCAACACGGAUGUUCAGCUUCCGCGUUCAAAAUUCGAAACCACCAUUACCCCGAUAGUCAGAUUUUUUAAGAACCAGGAUCGAGCGGACGUAGUAACCAGUCGGGUGGAUGAUUCCUUUUGCACAGAAUGGGGAGAUCGCUGGAAGAAACACACAGGCGACGCCGAUUCAAACUCUGAAUUGUUCUAUACUUAUCUAGGGUACAACAGACCAUCACAUAUAGAUACCGAUCGGAGGUUCCGUUACCCGAUACCACCGUUUCAGCGACACAGAGACAUCAAUCCUAUUACGACACGGGAGCAAAAGCUACAUUUCAGCACCCAGCGAAUGUUUGUUACCCUUGGAACGCCAGAGAAUGGAUGUCCGUGGCGCCUGGGCAAGCACAAGGACGCAAAAUUUUAUGUUGUUGAUGUACCUAUCUUUGAUUAUACAAAGAUGUGGGUAGGCUCAGUUCGCCUGAACGCACGUGAAGGCGAAAGAGUUUCUGUUGGUGAAAGGAUCGAAUUGAUUCGUAUCGCCGAGGGCUCAGCACCCAUCGAUAGCAGCAGAUUUGGUCUUGACGACAGGACGGAGUCUAGCACCCGGCAUCCGUUCGAGGAAUGUGUGAACCGGGCCGAGUUGAGAUUGGAAUCACAUUAUGAGUUUUACUUUGUGCUGUGGAUAGAGUGGGACGGAAAGAUUGCACGGCGCAGAGCACUUGGUACCGUGUGGAAACGCUCAUGGGAUCAUGGCGAGACAAACGAGGUUGACAUUGUUCUCAACUAA